AUGUAUCAGAUGCUGAAAUACUAUGUGAUAGAGAUGUUACAUUUCAAUUGUAAGGAGGGGGAAGUGGAUAAAUCAGUUCAGCUCUCUUUAGGACAAAAGGUGUUUAAUAGAAGUAUGGAGCAGUGGGAUAGCUUUCCCGAUCAUCAGGACGACGCCAAUAGCUGUUCAGAAUCUGUGAAGUUUGAUGCUCGAUCAAUGACAGCUUUGUUACCUCUGAAUCCUAAAAAUGGCCCUGCCCUUCAAGAUAAACUGAAGUCCCUCAAAGCUGCACUGAUCGCCCUGUAUCUCCUUGUGUUUAUAAUUCUCAUACCUAUCAUUGGAAUAGUGGCAGCUCAACUCCUAAAAUGGGAAAGGAAGAAUUUCACAGUUGGUUCAAUUACUGCCAAUAAUACACCUCAGAGUUUCAUGGGAAAAGGAAAUCACUGUGAAGAUGAUAUAAAAUUCCGAGAAGUUGUCACGGAAAACUUGAGCAACCUGGAGAAGAGAAUCCAGUAUAUUUCAGAUACACAAGCCAAUCUCAUAGAUUCAGAGCAUUUCCAAAAUUUCAGUGUGCUGACUGAUCAAAGAUUUAAUGAUGUUCUUCUCCAGCUAAGUACUGUGGCUUCUUCAGCUCAGGAACAUAGAAAUGAAAUAGAUGAAAUCUCCAAGUCAUUAAUAAGUUUGAAUACCACAUUGCUUGCUCUGCAGCUCAGUAUUGAAACACUGAAGGGCAAAGUCCAAGAGAAUACAUUUAAACAUCAAGAGGAGAUGAGUAAAUUAGAGGAGCAUGUAUAUAAUGCAUCAGCAGAAAUUAUGUCUAUGAAAGAAAAACAAGCACAUUUGGAACAGGAAAUAAAAGGAGAAGUGAAACUAUUGAAUAACAUCACUAAUGAUCUCAGACUGAAAGAUUGGGAACAUUCUCAGACACUGAAAAAUAUCACUUUAAUUCAAGGUCCUCCUGGACCCCAAGGUGAGAAGGGAGAUAGAGGCCUCACUGGAGAAGCUGGUCCUGCAGGCAUUCCAGGUCCAAUGGGUAUGGCCCUCCAGGUCUUAAAGGUGAUCGGGGAUCUAUUGGCUUUCCUGGAAGUCGAGGAUAUCCAGGACCAGCAGGGAAGUCUGGGAGGACAGGAAAUCCUGGACAAAAAGGCCAGAAGGGGGAAAAAGGGAGUAGAAGCACACUAUGACCAGUACCACUCCCUGAUCAUAUUAGGGCAGGGCCCUUUUAAGAUCAGGUGGGUUGGGCGGGACACCCUGUGCUACCAUCUCAUUAAAAGGCCCUUCACCUCUGGACAAGUCAUCAGCACAACUGACUCCAAGAUCCCUUUGUGGCUCCUCCAAACAAACUUGAUUCCCGUGUGGUGCCGGCUUCCUCAUGGCUUCCUCGCCUAGUCCUGGGUACUGUUUGGACCUCUGUACUCAUGCUCAUACCUCUCCCCACUCCAACAUUCCACCAUUGCUACCAUCCCCUAGCGUCCCUAACUGGGAUGCCUUCCACUGUACUGACUGGCAUGUUUUCCCAGCCAGCCCUCAGAGCCAGGCCAGGAGUCCUCUGCUACCCACUCAUCUCGUACUUGCUGAAUUAAUUUAACCCAUUGGGUUCUAAGAGAAAUCUCAACAGCACUGACUAGAUGGGAGUUCUUUACAUUGAAAAACACUCUUCUCAACCAGUGAUAGAGAUUACAUAAAAGAAAAUUCAUCUGUUCAUUCAUUCACUCAACAUAUGUUUACCCUGUCCCUGCUGGAGCUAGAUUUCACAGCUAAUAAGAUAGUUGUUGUGUGUGGCCUUAGCGAGUUCAUUGUCCGUGAAAGACAGAGACAUGUAAGUAGGCAGUCAUGCAACACAGCGGAACAGCACUGGAGGAAGGGCAGAGUUCUACAGUGUUCAGGAGAGAUCAAGAUUUUAAAAUUCCUUAGAAUAUUAAAAAGGUAAAUUGAUUUGAUUUGCUUAGUUUACCUUCUCGUCUUCUUACUCUCCAAACUAUAGCAUUUUUUUCAAGUUUCAUAGUGAGGUAAAGUGGAGCUUGAACAGUUCAUUCAGCACAUUUGAAUAAAAGACAAAACUCAUUUUCUCAAAUUACCUGGCUGUUUCAAGCAAGAAUUUUUGAUCAUGAAGAAAUAAUGCUGAUAAUUUUUUAUUGUAAAAAGCUCUUUAUAUUUUGUGCUAUAAAUAUCCAUUAUAGAUCCUGGAGAAAAAGAAAUAUUUCAGUAAAACUGAAGAUAGUUUGUGUAGGUGAAGAAAGGUCCAGAAAUGAGAAAGGAGAAAAGGUAAGAAGAGGAAUAGGAAAUGCGUGGGAUUUCAUGUUAUUUUUUCAUAUCUCUCUAUUAAUAGACCAUAUGUUCAUAACUCCCCCUUCCUUCAAGGUUUAACACAUAGUCCCAGGAAUCACAGCAUUAGGUUGUAGUAUAAUUCUAAGUAGUGUGCCUGUAUGUGUCUGAUCACUUUCACUCCCUUCCCUGUGAAAUGGACAUCUUAACACCUACCUCACAGGGUUGUUGUGAGGAUCCCAUGAAAUAUUGUGUGUGAGACAAUGCUCUAUAUAAUCAUAAAGUACUUUAAAUACAUAAGGUAUGGUUUACAGUGGUCUCUCUGAACUAAAAUCGAUGUUCCUUGUUGGUAUAAUGCAGACAUUUCAAAUCUAUAAUUAGAAGGAGUGAAAGCAAAAUGAAAAUUUAGGAAGCCAAAUAAAUGUCAUGGACAAAAAGGAGAUGCUAGAGAAUAAGAUAAGAUUUUACAUUAGAUAGAGCAAUGCAGGUGU